AUGGUAUCAGAGCUUAGGCUCUAUCCUAUGCCUCCUCGUCGUGAGACACGCAACUCUGGUCGUCGUAAUGGUGGUGGACCAAAUGAGCCUGAUCCAACUAUCGUAGCUGCUAUCACUCAGGCCUUUACUGCUAUGUUGCCUGCACUUGUUCAGGCCGUGCGUGGUCCUGAACCGAAUCCGAAUCCUAAUCCAAACCCUAACCCCAACCCUAAUCCGAUCCCUAAUCCCAAUCCAAAUCCAAACCCUAAUCCAAACCCAAACCCAAACCCAAACGGUCAAGGGAUUGGAUCGCUCAUAUCGAGAAAAUAUUUCGGGGCGUUGGGAGUUGGCGAUGAAUUUAAAUCGAGAUUAGCAUCAUAUAAACUAGAAGAAGAUGCGCAAACUUGGUGGGAAGGUGUAUUGGAGGAAAGAGGAGGAGACCCAUUUGUGGAGAAUUUACCUUGGGCAGAUUUCCGUGCUAUUUUCUUCGAGAAAUAUUUUAACAGCGUGGAUAAGAGUUCUUACACACGAGAGUAUCAGAAUAUCCGUCAGAGGAAUGACGAACCACUUUCUGACUUCACUGAUCGAUUUUAUCGACUAGUUGGAUUUCUUGGGUCAGCUGCUGGAACACCAGAGGAACAAGCAGAGAAAUAUCAAUGGGCAGUUUGUGAUCGGAUCCGUAGAGCAAUCAUCCAGUCAACGUUCCCCACUGUUGCAGAGGCCGCUAAGGCUGCCAAAAAGGUUGAUAUGGAGAACAAAGAAUUUUUGGGUGGUUCCAAUAAUAGUAGGAAGAGAAACAGAGACGAGUACCGCACUCCGUUCACUAGUGAGUCGUCUCAAGCACCUACUCAAAAUAAUCAAAACAAUUUGGGGAAUAGGUCAUCGGGAAGGAAUAAUAGACCAUGGCAGGGAAGAAGCCAAAAUCAGGGUCAGAUCAAACCCUACCAGCCACCAACCCAAGCUCAACCCGUAAACCAGAAAGGUAACUCGAACCUUGCCCAGUCUCCAGUGUGUAACCAUUGCAACAAGCGUCACCCAGGCAUCUGUCGUCGACUUACCGGGGCUUGCCUUAAGUGUGGAGAUAUGGGGCAUAAGAUUAAUGAGUGCCCAAAGGCUGGUAACCGACCAACUGAUACCCCUAGAGGACCUGUUGUGCCACCUACUACUGGAGGGCGUGUUUUCUCAUUGACUGCAGGGGAAGCUGCUAAUGCUCCAGGUACCGUUUCGGGUAGUAUUUAUUUGGGUGAGCAUGAAUUGUAUGUGUUAUUUGAUACUGGGGCAACCCACUCGAUAGUCUCACAACUAAUUGCCCGACAUCUUAAAAUUACGCCUUCUCCAUUGGAUCAAGCUUUAGUUAUUUCUACACCAAUGGGAAAUUCUUCGAUUAUUACUCACAUCUAUAAAGAUUGCCCGCUUGUGAUCGGAAAUGUUAUUCGUAUAGCGAAUCUUUAUCCCAUGCAAAUGGGAGAUUUUGAUGUCAUACUAGGCAUGGAUUGGUUAUCCAUGCAUCUAGCUACCAUUGAUUGUCACUCCAAACGAGUCAUUUUUGGUGAUAUUCUGAAUCCUGAAUGUAUUUAUCAAGGAUCUCAACCUCGAAAAUCCAUUAAAAUCAUCUCUGCUCUUAAAGCUCAAAAACUUAUAUCCCAUGGAUGCGAGGGAUUCUUGGCUUCUAUUAAAGAUACCUCAGUGGAUACACCACGUGUCGAAGACGUUCCUAUUGUUCGAGACUUCUCUGACGUCUUUCCAGAAGAAUUGCCAGGGAUACCACCUGAACGUGAAGUAGAGUUCACUAUUGAUUUUGAUUCCCGGAUCUGA